UAAAGAAACUUCCUUUCAAUCCCUUUGGAAAUUCGAAGGAAAAAAAAAUCCAGUUCUUCACAAAUGCCAAAGUCUUUUAAAGUUUAACUCAAUCAUUUGACCCAAUUAAUCAUCAUCUUCAUCCUCAAAAUCCCCUUUGAAAAUAGAGAAAACCCCAAAAAAGAAAAUCUCUGUCCAUCUCAAGGCCGUGUGUCUAUCUCCCCAGUCCCAAAUUUUCCUUUGAACCUCUUCUCCUAUAAUUAUGUUAUGAUUUUAAUAACAAAAGCAAAAACCUCAUCACUCUUUUGAAUCCAUUUCUCUUUCCCUUUGAUCUCUUAUUUUGAAUUCGUUUAAGAGUUCUGAUAUAUAUACAUGUAUAUGUAUACAUGUUUGUGUAGUGUGGGAGUUGAAUGUGUGAGCUUUGAUGCGAGCCAACGGAUGAUUUCCUUCUGUUUCUAAACCCUAAUUCUACUACUUUACCCAAUGGCGAUCGUCACAGGGGAUCGCUACCUUGAGAAGCUGGUUAAAUUUGUCGAUGACCAGGCUGGGGCUUUGAUCGAAGGGACCAAGGUAUUGAAGCUUAACCCGGCAGGGCUUCACUACGUACAGUCACGGCUCGAGGCGCUGCAGGAACUCGAGAGGCUUUUAGCCGGAGCUCCAGUUGACUAUCUACGGGCUUACGUGUCGGACCUUGGGGACCACCGGGCGCUUGAACAACUUCGUCGGAUUCUGCGGCUGUUGACGACUCUUAAGGUGGUGUCUGCUUUGCCACCGCCUGCGCGUGAUCCCACUCCUCUCUCUUUGUUGCCGUUUGGGAGAUUGAAGGUUUUGGAACUUAGAGGCUGUGAUUUGUCUACUUCAGCAGCUAAAGGGUUGCUUGAAUUGAGGCAUACUUUGGAAAAGAUUGUUUGUCAUAAUUCAACUGAUGCUCUGCGACAUGUGUUUGCUAGUAGAAUUGCUGAGAUAAAGGGCUCUCCACAGUGGAACCGGUUGUCCUUUGUUUCUUGUGCAUGCAAUGGCUUGUUACUGAUGGAUGAGUCUUUGAACCUUCUUCCUGCUGUUGAAACGCUUGAUUUAAGUCGAAACAAGUUUGCAAAGGUGGAUAAUCUUCGGAAAUGUGUGAAGUUGAAGCACUUGGACCUUGGAUUCAAUCAACUGCGAUCCAUCUCAUCAUUUAGUGAGGUCUCCUGUCAUGUUGUUAAACUUGUUUUGAGGAACAAUUCUCUAACGACGUUGCGUGGGAUUGAAAAUUUGAAGUCUCUUGAAGGGCUUGAUGUUUCCUACAAUAUUAUUUCCAAUUUUUUAGAGUUGGAGUUCCUUGGAGGGCUCCCAUCUCUUCGAAGCUUAUGGCUUGAAGGGAAUCCACUAUGUUGUGCCCGAUGGUAUCGCGCACAAGUAUUCAGCUACUUCAGUUGUCCUGAAAAUUUGAAAUUAGAUGACAAAGCAAUCAGCACCAGAGAGUAUUGGAAGAGGAAGAUUAUUGUUGCCAGCAGACAGAAGCGACCUUCCAGCUUUGGAUUCUACUCUCCUGCAAAAGGUGCAGAAGGAGAGGAGGGUAUCAACAAAAAGAGGAGAAAGGCGUCUCGACUUGCUUUGAUUGAGAAUGAACAAGAUAGUUCUUACAUUUGUUCUGAUCAAGAUUCUUUGUCAUGCGGUAAUGAAAUGCGAAGCGGAGAAGAGAACAUCAUAUCUGAGGAUGAGGCUGAAAUAGUUGAUUUGAUGCAAAGAGUAGAACAAUUGAAGAAAGAGCGUUCUAUUCUUUGGUUGCGAGAGUUCAAGGACUGGAUGGAUCAUGCUUCUGAGGAUUUUGCUGAUGAUGGUAAUUUUAAUGCGGCUAUGUUACAUCCUGGGAAAGAAAAUUAUAAGAAAGGUGGGAAAAGCGAGAGGCAUCUUAGUGAAAGUUCUAGAUAUGUUUCAGAUUCUGUUCAAGCUUCAGGAGAUGAAAGUAGCAUGAACAUUUUGGAAUCUGAUAAUUCUUUUGCAGACACGUCUGGCAGUGUGAAUGCCAACAGAUAUUUUGACCAUAUUUUUUCGUCAGGUAUUACUGGUGGGUUCACUUUACCAGGCUUGAGAACAAUGGAUGUAAAACACGAGUAUCAGAAAUCUUACUUGCACGAUGAGGGUAGUAGCGGAUCCGUUUUAGCUGAGAGUUCUCAACGUAAUAUUUUUGCCCUUGAUGAAAGUAAUAGAAUGGUUCAAAAUGCCGUAGUAUCACAUUUGAAUACUAUUGGUAUUAUGACCGAGUCUAAUUCCUCAUCUGCUAACCCUGGAUCGCCACCUCAUUAUCAGAAGGACCUUCUGCAUCGUCGCCAUAAUUUGGUGGAAGAAAUUCUGCAGUUAUCAGCAGAGUCCUAUUCAGCAGCAUCAUCUGACAGUGAUACAAGCUGCAGUGAAGAUGAUUACUCUGAAGCUGGGAUACCUGUCCAGGAAUAUCCCAAUGGGAGCACUAAAGGGCAUUCUCCAUUGCAUUCUUUUGCACAUACUUAUUAUGAAAAAGGAAAUAACACUUCACAUGGGAGUCAAAAUGGCAUCGGCAUAAUUGAUUCAUGCACUGAACAAACCCUCAGGAUCAACAAAAUUGUAAGUAUGAACCAAUCCCUGCAACCAUACAGUAAGUUAGAUACAGGUUCUAAUUAUCCAGAGAUAUCUUCUUUUGUGAACCAAGAGGCUGAUUGGUUUGAAAAGAGAAAAAGCGGAAGGAAACCAAAAAGAAGAGUGAUUUCACUGUUGGAAGAGAAUAGCUGUCAACAGGUACCACAAGAAUCAAAUGGCACCUUGGAGGUUAGUAGGGUUGAUAUUGAAGAUAUGAAAGGGAAGCGCUCUUUAAAUGGUAGUGAUCAUAAAAAAGGUUUUGAUAAAAACCAGAUUAAAAAAGCUAUUUCAAUACCACAAGUUGAUAAUGCUGUGAGAUAUUCUGGUGCUGAGUGCUCUUCUCAGGGGAAGAACGAUUUUAUUGAGGACUAUUUCAAUAAAAAUGUUGCUGAUUUGACGGUUCAUGAGGCUUGUAGGUCAUACAUGCGUUGCAAUUGCAUGGUUGACCAACCUUUUUGUGGAGAAAGAGAAGUAGCUCUAGUAUUGAGCAGUGAGGAGAAGUUAUAUGUGCUGCUUGUUGGCGUCACAUUUGAUGGAUCAGAGAGUAUCUUGGAUUUAUUAGGUUCCCAUAGGGUUGAAGAUAUAAGAGAGGUUUUAGUUGGUCUGAGUCUUCAGGUUGUGAGGGUGUAUGUCAAAGGGAGUGUAGCAUACUUGUUCGUAACAAGGAGCAUCGAGAAAUCAAGUCAAUUACUUUUCAUGUUGAAAGCUUCUGAUUCAUCCACACCAAAUGAUAAAUGUUCUUUAAGAAGUUUGGAGCAGGUUCAGGCUGAGUUGUUUGAGAAACAAAUAUGUGGAGGUUUAAAAUUAAGCAUUUUCCAAUAUUCCAUGGUGCUUUUCUGGCAAGGUGGCCAUGAAGAGGAACCGUGGUUUUCAAGAUCAUUGUUUGUUAUCGGAGGACAUGUGCUUGUUUGCGUUGAAGACAUCUUUCAGUUUAGUUCUCUCCUAAACAAUGCAUGUUCCAGUCCAUAUUUCUCCCUUGAUUCAAGCUGUGACAUCGCAGACAUAUCAGAGAUGGUCAUCAAGCAAGGAGAGACGUGUUGUAUAACAUUACCCAUUAAGUCCAGCACAUCGAAAGCCGGUUCCUCGACCAAAACGCAAAAAAGGGCUGGUAUGAGUAGUAAGAAGUGGAAACUGAAGUGGUUCUCUCAAGAAAGUCUAUCCCAAUUUGUGGCAUUGGUGAAGGCAAUCCAUCUAGGGAUGACAUUAUCUCCAUUGCUUGUAAGAUAUAAAUCAUGAGUGUCUUUUUAGUGUUUGUUUUUUUUUCUUUCAUGUUCCAUAUUCAUUUCAUUCUUUUGAUUGGGUGCUUUCAUUUGUGUGGGAUUUUUGUUUGUGGUUGGUCAUGGUGUGUUUGUGUGCGCCAAAGUUCAUGACUUUGUGUUAGUAUUCUUUGAUUUGUAUUCUUUUUAGAAGUGAAAAAAAUUUCAAAUGUACAGGUAUAGUACAGUGUGUAGAUUUAGCAAAUCAAAUUUAUGGAUGUUGAGACUUUUUUAGUCGCA